UCAUUAAACAGCUUUAAGAUCUAUGAGGUGGCCACGAAGAGUCGCUCCGCUGGCGAUGGUCUGGACUUCUCCAAGCUGGCCAAUAACGAUUCCUACUAUGAGCUGUACUACAGCAAUGACGCAGCUACCCAUGUCUUGGUGCAUCCUGAUGCACAGCCAGAGUUCAUUGAGCUGCUCAAUGGCAACACGUUGAGCUAUAAAAUUGUUAAUCAUGAUGCGGGCUUAUCGCUGCAUCGCGAAUUCGAAACGAAUCGCAAGUUACGUAAUGCGCACCCUUAUCGGGGCAGGCUGGGCACAGAGCGGUAUUACUCACAUGGUGAGAUCAAUCAGUAUAUUGAAGAUCUUGCUAAGCAGCAUCCCACUCGAGUGCUGGUCAAGACGGUGGGCAGAUCAUAUGAGGGCCGUUGGCUGAAGACGAUACGGAUCACCAAUGGCGAUGGACGGGCUAAUAAGAACGUCAUCCUCAUGGACGGCGGCUUCCAUGCACGCGAGUGGAUCUCACCUGCUGCUGUGGUUUAUGCCAUUGGCGAGCUGGUAGACAACUACGAGGCGUAUGCUCAGUUACUACUCGACUAUGACUGGGUCAUUCUGCCUGUGGUCAAUGCGGACGGCUAUGAAUAUACGCAGGUGUCGCCGGAUACGCGCAUGUGGCGCAAGACUCGCCAGCCCAGCAGUGCCGCCUGCAUUGGCAUCGAUCCGAAUCGUAAUUUUGAUUUUCACUGGAACGAAACUGGAGCUUCCUCGGAUCCCUGCUCUGAGACCUAUGCUGGACCAAAGUCUUUCUCUGAACCGGAGGCCAUUGUGGUGCGUGACUUGAUACGCGGCCUGGCGGAUCGUGGCAAAAUGUAUCUGACCGUGCACUCCUAUGGCAACUAUAUACUCUACCCCUGGGGCUACAUCGACGAGCUACCAGACACUUGGGAGGAUCUGGAUGAAGUUGGUCGUGCUGGUGGGGAUGCCAUUAAAGCGGCUACUGGCACCAUUUACAAGGUGGGCUGCUCCACCCAACUGCUGUAUCCGGCUGCCGGCGCCAGCGAUGACUAUGCCUUCAAUGCUGGCUUUCCCAUAUCAUUUACCAUGGAACUGCCCGCCGGUGGAGACAACUAUUUCAAUCCGCCUCCUGAGGACAUUGAUAGGCUGGUCAAAGAAACCUGGGUGGGCAUUGUGGCCAUGGCUCAGAAGGUGGUUGAAAAGUAUCCACUCAAUUGAAGUCUUUGUCUUUGUCUAUUUCUGUAUAUAAAACGAGAAACGAGUAGAGUUGUGCAGCUUGUGGCAUAGAAUAAAGUUACA